UGUAGGGCAUGCUGCUCUUGCUGCAGCCGGAGCGGCGCUGGAGGCUUCUGUCCCUCGUGGCUGCCUGGGGGGCGCACCGCGGCUCCCCGGCUGCUCUGACCCGCGCAGGCAUGGCGGAGAAGCCGCUCUCCGAGCCCUCGAUCGAUCUAAGCGGCUCGCCUCCACCCGUGAAGCGGCGGCGGCGGCGGCUGGCGCAGGAGAAGGCGGCUGGCUUGCCGGAGGCGGGCGAGUCGAGAUACGUGCCCCCUCCAAAGAAGCGGAAUCUCGGUUUCACAGAGGCUCACUUCGCCGAAACCAGCUACUACUUCGAGGGAGGCCUGCGUAAGGUGUGGCCCUACUACUUCGACUUCCAGACCUACUGCAAGGGGCGCUGGGUGGGCAAGAGCCUCCUGGACGUCUUCAGCAACGAGUUCCGCUCCCAGCCCCUCGAGUACUACCGAGCUGCGGCCCGCGCCGGCCGUCUCCGCCUCAACGAGCAACCCGUGCGGGACCUCAGCGUCGUGCUCAAGAAUAAUGACUUUCUGCGAAACACAGUGCAUCGCCAUGAACCCCCAGUCACAGCACAGCCAAUUGAGUUUCUGGAAGAAAAUGAGGAAGUUGUAGUUGUGGACAAGCCCUCAUCCUUACCAGUCCAUCCAUGUGGCAGAUUUCGGCAUAACACUAUCAUCUUUAUUUUGGGUAAAGAGCAUAACCUGAAAGAGCUGCACACGAUUCAUCGGCUUGAUCGCCUGACCUCAGGUGUCCUCAUGUUUGCCAAAUCUGCAGAUGUGUCCAAGCGGAUUGAUGAGCAGGUUCGAGAACGACAGCUGGAAAAGGAGUAUGUGUGCCGUGUGCUUGGAGAGUUUCCAGAAGCUGAGGUGACCUGUGAAGAACCCAUCCUGGUGGUUUCCUACAAAGUGGGGGUGUGUCGAGUGGACCCCAAGGGUAAAGCCUGCAAAACAGUCUUCCAGAGGCUCAGUUACAAUGGGAAGACUAGUGUGGUGAAGUGUUUUCCGUACACUGGGCGUACCCACCAGAUUCGCGUCCAUCUGCAGUUUCUGGGACACCCUAUCAUCAAUGACCCCAUCUACAAUGCAGGUGUCUGGGGACCUGCAAAAGGUAAAGGUGGCAAUAUUAACAAAACGGACGAAGAGCUGCUUCGGGCACUGGUGGAAGAACACAUAUCGAAAGAGAGUGGGGCUAUAUUGGACAUUGCUGAGGAAGAUCUUAAAUCAAUUGUAGGAGAUAAAGAACAUGGUAGUCCAGGGAACUGUGUGAAGCCUGCACAGUUCAGCCCUAUAAGCACCAAUUCUUGCAGAACUGAAGAAUCAAAGAGUGAAAAUGAAGGUGGAACAUCAAUGUGUACUCAGAAUUCUGCCCUCCAGUUACAGGCUCAUGAGUCAGAGAAUGGAGAAACUUGCACAAGUGAGCACCAGGUUGAAAAGGAUCAUUUAUGUAGAGAAUGCAAGAUAGUGAGGCCAGACCCGUCACCCAAAGAUCUGGUGAUGUAUCUCCAUGCCUUGCGCUACAAAGGAGCAGACUUUGAAUACUGCUCCAAGAUGCCUAAAUGGGCACAGGACAACUGGGAAGAGACCUGAGAUUAUAAUGUUUUGUUAAGACUUGAGUUUGUAUGUGGCAAGAAUGUUUCCCUCAAACGCUUGUUUUUAUCAUCCGGUAAUCACUGGCUGUGUUGAAUAGUGGAGGAGGAGGAGGAAGACCUUUUUUAAUUUGUUUGUGGAAGCCACUGAUAACAGUGAAUGUCCUGCAAACUAGCUUUUGCAGUAUGAUUUAUUUAUUUAUUUUGCAAAAUUUAUACCCCACCCUUCUGCCCUUGUAAGGGCCACAAAGGCAGCUAACAAACUAAAACAUAAUAAAAUCACAUCUUAAAACCAUCAAAACCAACCAAAGGACAUGUGAUUAAAACAGAUUAAAAUCACAGUUAAAAUGCAUAGAAAAACAACUUUUGAAACAUUGGGCAAAAAGGAGGGAUCACUGAGGGAAUGCCAAGCGAAAUGGCUGGCAGAUGCUAGCAACACAAGGGGUCAGACGAAUUUUCCUGGUGAGAGAAUUCCAGAGCUUUAGGACCACAGCCGAGAAGGCCCUCUCCCAGGCUGCCACCCGCCUCAUCUCAGGAGGUGGGGACACCUGGAACAGAGCCUUGGAAGAUGACUGCAUUGGUCGGGUAGAUUCAUGAGGGAAUAGGUGGUCCUUCAGGUUUUGCCUUGCAUAUUUUUACCUAUAUUCAUUAUUUACAAAAUGCCUACAACUGGCAUGUUAUCUCUGUAUAUAAGAGCUAGUGGAAUGUUAAAGUCUCUAAUCAUAGCUUGUGUCAACAGAUUUCAUAUAAUAAUUUGGUACUUCAUUGCUUUCUUUCUGUCUCAAUCACCUGAUGAACUUAUCUCAGUUCUGUCCACCAGUGAGCACUUAGAUUUACUCAGCCUAGGAAGAAUUCCAUCCUGUAGUUCACAGCCCGUCUUUUUAUGAACUUGGUCUUUGGCCUUACUCCAUGUGUAUACUUAGCUUCAACAGUGUACAAAGCAGAUGUCAAAACACAGAAGAAGCAUAGUUUUGGCCCAAAAGAUUUAGGAUCUCAUUCAGUUCAGAACUAAUCAAACUGGACUGUUCAGAAUCUAAAUAGUCUCAGAUCUACAUUUCACUUGAAACCUUCAGUUUAAUAAAAUUAAACUUUGUUUUCUUACUUUGAUUUACCUUGUAAAUGAGUC